CCCCCCCGCCCCCCGGCGCACCACACGGACAGUGGGUGCCCGGAUGUCGGUGUCGCCGUCGGUGACAGAUGGCGCAAUGUCUACUGCCCUCUAGUGCGCUGCAACCAAGCUACGUGGCUGGGGCCCAGGGGGCGGGACUCGAGCGUAGAGCGGCAGCCGCUCUCAGCCAAUAGGCUACGGAUACCGACCAGCCCUCCGCCUAUCGGAGCAUUCGCCCCAGGGCGCCACGGGGGAAGCAAGUUAGUCUGCGUUCUGGCCCGGCAGCGGGCGGGGGAGGAAGGGAAUCUCCCGCCAUUUUUCAAUAAUUUCCUCCCGUGCCCGCUGGAGAGGAGUCGUGACUAGCGGCCGCCGCGGCGGAGAUCGGCGUGAGGUGAAAGCCGCCGGGAGGAGCGAGGAGGAUCUCUCGGUUUCUUCCCCUCGAGGUGUUCCCCUUGCUUUCCAUGGCUGUGGCGCGGUCCCGCCAGCUCUGAGGGAAGCCGGAGUUCGCGCCGCCCUCUCACCCCUCCCCUCCCCCAUCGCCCCGGGAGCCAGGCGCUUCGCUCGCUUGCUCGCUCGUUCGCUCGGGGCCGCCGGGGCCUAGCGCUGCGAGGCGGAGCGGCUAAGCCUCCGGCGCCCGGUCCCCGUCCCCGCCGCCGCCGCGAUGGCGCCGCUGCUCGGCCGCAAGCCCUUCCCGUUGGUGAAACCGCUGCCCGGAGAGGAGCCGCAGUUCACCAUCCCGCACACUCAGGAGGCCUUCCGCACCCGGGAAGAGUAUGAAGCCCGCUUGGAAAGAUACAGUGAGCGCAUUUGGACGUGUAAGAGCACUGGAAGCAGUCAGCUGACACACAAGGAGGCCUGGGAGGAGGAACAGGAAGUUGCUGAACUUUUGAAGGAAGAGUUCCCCACCUGGUAUGAGAAGCUUGUUCUGGAAAUGGUUCAUCAUAACACAGCCUCCUUAGAGAAGCUAGUAGAUUCUGCCUGGUUAGAAAUCAUGACUAAAUAUGCUGUGGGAGAAGAAUGUGACUUUGAGGUUGGAAAGGAGAAAAUGCUCAAGGUGAAGAUUGUGAAGAUUCAUCCUUUGGAGAAAGUUGAUGAAGAGGCUGCUGAGAAGAAAUCUGAUGGGGCCUGUGAUUCUCCAUCAAGUGACAAAGAGAAUUCCAGUCAAAUGGCUCAGGACCACCAGAAGGAGACAGUAGUCAAAGAGGAUGAAGGCAGGAGAGAGAGUAUUAAUGAUAGAGCACGCAGGUCUCCGCGAAAACUUCCUACUUCGUUAAAAAAAGGAGAAAGGAAAUGGGCUCCUCCAAAAUUUCUUCCUCACAAAUAUGAUGUAAAGCUACAAAAUGAAGAUAAGAUCAUCAGCAAUGUGCCAGCAGACAGCCUGAUUCGAACAGAGAGACCACCUAAUAAGGAGAUAGUUCGCUACUUUAUUCGGCAUAAUGCUUUACGUGCUGGCACUGGUGAAAAUGCACCUUGGGUGGUAGAAGAUGAACUGGUAAAGAAAUACUCCCUGCCUAGCAAGUUCAGUGACUUUCUACUUGACCCGUAUAAGUAUAUGACUCUCAAUCCCUCUACCAAGAGGAGGAAUACUGGAUCUCCAGACAGGAAACCCUCAAAGAAACCUAAGAGGGACAAUUCUUCUCUGAGUUCCCCACUAAACCCUAAGCUGUGGUGUCAUGUGCACUUGGAGAAGUCGUUAAAUGGCCCACCACUCAAAGUGAAGAACUCAAAGAACUCCAAGUCUCCAGAAGAGCACUUGGAGGAAGUAAUGAAAAUAAUGUCCCCCAACAAGCUUCACAGCUUCCACAUCCCUAAGAAAGGCCCGGCCACCAAGAAGCCAGGGAAGCCCAGUGACAAACCUCUGAAGGCCAAGGGCAGAGGUAAAGGCAUCCUGAAUGGACAGAAGGCCACAGGCAACUCCAAAUCACCCAACAAGUGUGUGAAGACUCCUAAGACCAAAAUGAAGCAGAUGACCCUGUUGGAUAUGGCCAAAGGGACUCAGAAAAUGACUCGCACCCCACGGAGUGCUGGGGGUGUGCCACGGUCCUCUGGUAAACCUCAUAAACAUCUGCCUCCUGCAGCCCUGCAUCUCAUUGCCUAUUACAAAGAAAAUAAAGACAAAGAGGACAAGAAGAGUGCUCUGUCUUGCGUUAUCUCCAAAACAGCACGUCUCCUCUCCAAUGAAGACAGAGCCCGUCUUCCAGAAGAGCUUCGGACUCUUGUCCAGAAACGCUAUGAGCUCCUGGAACAUAAAAAGAGGUGGGCCUCUAUGUCCGAAGAGCAGCGGAAAGAAUAUUUGAAAAAGAAACGACAGGAGCUAAAGGAGAGGUUGAGGGAAAAAGCCAAAGAACGGAGAGAGAAGGAAAUGCUGGAGAAGUUAGAAAAACAGAAACGAUAUGAGGACCAGGAGUUAGGUGGCAGAAACCUCCCAGCAUUCAGGCUGGUGGAUACCCCUGAAGGGCUGCCAAACACUCUAUUUGGGGAUGUGGCCCUGGUGGUGGAGUUCCUGAGCUGUUACUCUGGGCUGCUCUUGCCUGAUGCUCAGUACCCCAUCACUGCUGUGUCCCUGAUGGAAGCCUUGAGUGCAGAUAAAGGUGGCUUUUUGUACUUGAACAGAGUGCUGGUCAUCCUGCUACAGACCUUACUUCAGGACGAAAUUGCAGAAGACUAUGGAGAACUGGGAAUGAAGCUGUCGGAAAUCCCCCUCACUCUGCAUUCUGUCUCAGAGCUGGUCCGGCUCUGCUUGCGCAGGUGUGAUGUCCAGGAGGACAGUGAGGGCUCGGAAACAGAUGACAAUAAAGACUCCGUGCCAUUUGAGGACAAUGAGGUACAAGACGAGUUCCUAGAGAAGCUGGAGACAUCAGAAUUCUUUGAGCUGACAUCAGAGGAGAAGCUACGGAUAUUGACAGCUCUGUGCCACCGGAUCCUCAUGACAUACUCUGUGCAAGACCACAUGGAGACAAGACAGCAGAUGUCGGCAGAGCUGUGGAAGGAGCGGCUUGCUGUGCUGAAGGAAGAGAAUGAUAAAAAGAGAGCAGAGAAACAAAAGCGGAAGGAGAUGGAAGCCAGAAAUAAAGAAAAUGGCAAAGAGGAGAAUGGGCUAGGCAAAACGGACAGGAAAAAAGAAGUUGUGAAGAUGGAACACCAAGCAGGAAUGGAAGCAGGUGACAUGGUUAGCGCUGUCAAGAGCAGAAGACUGCUGAGCAUGCAGGCUAGAAGGACGCGGGAGAUCCAGGAGAGAGAGACAAAAGUGAGACUGGAACGGGAAGCUGAAGAGGAACGAAUGCGGAAGCACAAGGCCGCUGCUGAGAAGGCUUUCCAAGAAGGGAUUGCCAAGGCGAAGCUCGUCCUGCGCAGGACACCUAUUGGUACAGACCGCAACCAUAACAGAUACUGGCUUUUCUCAAAUGAAGUCCCAGGACUAUUCAUUGAAAAGGGCUGGGUCCAUAAUAGCAUUGACUACCGGUUCAAGCACCACCGCAAAGACCACGGCAGUUCACCUGAGGAGGAUUACUGUCCCCGCGGUAAAAAAGCAAACAUAGGCAAGAGUGCAAGUGUGAACACACACCAUGGAUCAGCACUAGAAGCUGUGGAGACCACUGUGCCCAAACAAGGACAGAACCUAUGGUUUCUAUGUGAUAGUCAGAAGGAACUGGACGAGUUGCUAAAUGGCCUUCAUCCGCAGGGAAUAAGAGAAAGUCAGCUUAAAGAGAGACUGGAGAAAAGGUACCAAGAAAUUACUCACUCUAUUUAUCUGGCUCGGAAGCCAAAUUUGGGUCUAAAAUCUUGUGAUGGCAACCAGGAGCUCUUAAACUUCCUGAGGAGUGAUCUUAUUGAAGUGGCCACGCGGCUGCAGAAAGGAGGCCUUGGCUACAUGGAGGGAACGGCCGAGUUUGAAGCCCGGGUCAUUUCCUUAGAGAAACUGAAGGAUUUUGGUGAAUGCGUCAUUGCCCUUCAGGCCAGUGUCAUAAAGAAGUUUCUGCAAGGAUUCAUGGCUCCCAAACAGAAGAAAAGGAAACUCCAAAGUGAAGAUUCCACAAAGUCUGAGGAAGUGGAUGAAGAGAAAAAAAUGGUCGAGGAAGCAAAGGUCGCCUCUGCACUGGAAAAAUGGAAAACAGCAAUCCGUGAAGCACAGACCUUUUCCAGAAUGCACGUUCUACUUGGGAUGCUUGAUGCAUGUAUCAAGUGGGAUAUGUCUGCAGAAAACGCUAGAUGCAAAGUUUGUCGAAAGAAAGGUGAAGAUGACAAGCUGAUCCUGUGUGAUGAGUGUAAUAAAGCCUUCCACCUGUUCUGCCUGAGGCCGGCCCUCUAUGAAGUACCAGAUGGCGAGUGGCAGUGUCCAGCUUGCCAGCCUCCUACCGCCAGGCGCAAUUCCCGUGGCAGGAAUUACGCUGAAGAGUCUACCUCUGAGGACAGUGAAAGUGAUGAGAGUGGUGAUGAGGAAGAAGAGGAAGAAGAAGAUGAGGAGGAGGAGGAAGAGGAUUAUGAAGUGGCUGGCUUGCGGUUGAGACCUCGGAAGAACAUCCGAAGCAAGCAGAGUGUCAUCCCUGCAGCAAGGUCAGGCAGACCACCGGGUAAGAAGUCACAUUCUGCCAGGAGGUCACGGCCAAAGGAUGAUACAGAGGUUGAUGAGCUGGUACUUCAGACCAAGCGAAGCUCAAGGAGGCAGAGUGUGGAGCUGCAGAAGUGUGAGGAGGUCCUUCACAAACUGGUGAAGUACCGCUUCAGCUGGCCCUUCCGGGAGCCUGUGACCAGAGAUGAGGCAGAGGACUACUAUGAUGUGAUUGACCACCCCAUGGACUUCCAGACCAUGCAGAACAAGUGCUCGUGUGGGAACUACCGAUCUGUGCAAGAGUUCCUCACCGACAUGAAGCAAGUGUUUACAAAUGCGGAGCUCUACAACUGCCGCGGCAGUCACGUGCUAAGCUGCAUGGAGAAGACAGAGCAGUGCCUGCUGGCUCUACUGCAUAAACACCUCCCCGGCCACCCCUACGUCCGCAGGAAACGCAGGAAGUUUCCUGAUCGGCUCGCUGAGGAUGAAGGGGACAGUGAUUCAGAGUCUGUUGGACAGUCCAGGGGACGAAGACAGAAAAAGUAAAGAGGCAGGGCCUUAGCGAGGGAGCUGAGGAGGGGGGAUAGGAGGAUAUCUCCAAGGGGUGUGGGAGAGGCAAGAAAGCUGGGAGAACU